AUGGCCCUCAAUCUGCCCAUGAAGCGCAAAUCUGCAUUCCCGGGUCAGCAAAACUCCUCCGCAGCCCGCAAACGCGCGAAGAACAUUGAUGCUCGGUCCCUGGCUGUGCAGUCAUCCGAGGCUGCGCUCUCUGCAACAGGCGAGCUUGACGUUGAUGCCUACCUCAAAGCCCGCGAAUAUGAAAUCAGAUCCCUUGAAGCCGGCAUCCAGAAGUCAAAAUCGGCGCUCACCAGUCGUGCGUUCCAGCAGGUACCUCGGUCGCUGAGGCGGCGGACGGCUAGUCAUAAUGUGAAGAGGAUCCCCAAGAGGCUAAGGGUUCGGGCGAGAAGAGAGAUGAUCGAGGAUAAUACGCCGACCGUGACAGCUCGACGACGAAAGCCGACGGAGAUUAUGCGGAUCCGGCUCGAGACGGCUCGACGUUUACAAACCCUGAACUCGAAGACCAAGGCGAAACGGGCAGCACUAAAGGCGAAGCGUACAAAGGAGGAAGAGAAAGGGCUAGAGGAGGCGGGGAGUCACCCAUAUAGCAUUGCGCCGCGAGUGCCCAAAAUCAAGAAGAACAAGCUUUCACGACCUCCGCCGCCGGAAUCAAAGUACAAGAAGCGGCAGCGCAGCAAGACUUGGCUGCCCACCCAUAUGUUCCAUGCGAAGCGCGCCCACAUGACAACAUCAAAAGAUCCAUUGUGGAGGUUUGCCGUGCCCCUGUCGCCAACUGAGAAAAGUUAUAGGCCUACUCAUCGGGCGAGUGGUGCGAGGGGUGGAGUAGCAUGGGAUAUGAGCUACAUCUCUACGAUUCAGUUGAGCGGAACGGAGACAGGUUUGGAGAGUGUCCUUAAAGCUGUGGGGAUCGUCGGAGGAGAGGCCUGGGGCGUGAAAGGCAGGAAAUGGAGGGCCGGAGUGAGAAGUCUUAGUGCAUGGGUUUUUGAGUCUGAAGGCCAACGGAGACCACUUGCACCUGUCACUUUGAUCCGGUGUGCUCACAGACUUACCGAAGACAUGGAAAUGAGUGAUGUUGAUGACGGUAAUGCUGGAGGAGAGAAAGCAAACCAAAAGGAUAAAUCGAAAAUAUUUAUCAGAAUUCACCCUUCCGCCUUCCUGCAGCUGUGGAAUGAGCUUCUAAGGCUCUCAAAGGAACAGCACCCCCCCGUCAUGAUCGAGGAUUUACGAUAUGAAGUUGGGAGCAUUGAAAUUACUGGCCCAGGAUCAACAGAAGCUCUCAUCUCGUCUUUGCGUCCGUUAGAUCUCGAGAGCAACGCACUGGGAGCUGAUAGUCCAGAGGCAACAUGGAAUGCUUUGCUAGGUGUCUCAAAUCCAUCAUCACUACCUCAAAACGCCCUUCUUUCGUUUUUCGUGUCUGACCCCCGUCUUCAAUUUCCUCCUCGAACAACCAAGCCGCCAUCUUCAGAGAAUGAUAUGCAGGACCUGGCCUCACUGCUGUCAUCAUGGCCUUCAGAUCGAAGCCCAUCACCGUCGGCACUCUUCGACCGGCGUGCUCGCUUGGCUGCUAUUAUACAGUCACCAAGCCAGAAGGCUAUCAACCGACGACGUUCUGAGGCUGGACCAGGCCAGUACCCUGCUCCCCAGUCAUCUGAUCCGAAAAUACCGGUUAUUGUACUGGCAAACAGAGCCAGCUCACAACAGAGAAGUAGCAAUUUUUCGGGAUCUUGGACAGUCCUUCUUCCCUGGAACUUUGUCACACCUGUAUGGUACUCGUUGAUGUACUAUCCGCUCUCGAGCGGAGGAAAUCUCAGAUUCGGUGGGCUUAAAGAGCAACAACAAGUCGCUUUCGAGGCGGGAACACCAUGGUUCCCCGGGGAUUUCCCAGGAACUCGCGCAGGCUGGGAAUGGGGUCUCCGAGAGCGCGAAGACGCCAAGAAAGAGUGGGAGCGACAACCGAAAGGACGACGGGUUGAAUUUGAUUCCCUAGACCUUGGGAAUACUCCUAAAGGCGAAAUCGGACGUGGUUGGGCUUGUGACUGGGAAAGGUUGCUCAACAUCGUGACCCCUGCUUCCAGAACUGGACUGGAUACUUCAACUGAGAAAAGACAAGACAUCAACACAGAUGGUAAGCCUGCUGAAGAAGCACAACAGCCAGAGCCUCCAUUUAACCUCUACCAACUACCCACCACUCAAGCACAAGCCGCCCUUACCAACCCGUCAAUCAAGAUCAGCGACUCCGCACUGGCUACAGUUAGAAUCAACCUCCAAUCCCGCGGAAGCCCCUCUGCACGAGCACGAAUUUACCGACUCCCAACAAGCAAGCCAGCUCUACGCCAAAAAUGGCUGUCUCUGGCGUCUAAGAGCCCAGCAGCUCGCGCAUCAACCACUCACCUCUCAGGCCUGCCUCCCAAUCAAGGUGCAGACGACGCUGCCUCUGCCAGUCAGCGCCUCGCAGCGUCUCUUCUAACCCCCGGGCUUUCCUCUGGUCGCCGUCAGGAGCAUCUGCCGUCUCCACCUGAAGAAGACCUGAUUGGAUUUGUCACGACGGGGAACUACAACUUGUCUGAAGGCAAGGGCACCGGGAUAGGGUCGAUUCUUUUUUCAAAAGUAAGAAGUUCGACCAAAGGUGCCAAGGGUAAGGGUCAAGGGAAACAUAUCAAGGAACGGAACAUUUGCAUUGUCCGGAACGCGGGCGAGAGUGUCGGACGGCUGGCUUCUUGGGAGCUUGUCUGA